AUGCGCCUGUCACUUAGUCUCCUCGCCGCGGUCUCGCGCCGGCCAGCGUCAAAAUUGAGGAAACCCGCCGUCAGUCUUGACCAUAGAUCCCCCCCUUCAUCAACACGAGAUGAACUGCACAGCUACGCGCGUCAAGAAUUCGAGCGACAUCGCGAGGUUUCGGACCUGGUGCGUUUCGCCUUUCUCUCUGACCAUCCCUUUUUGUGCCUGUUUCGCUGGACAUCAUUGAUCAUUGCUAAUUAUGUACUAGGGCCAUAUUCGGUACUUAUUAUCGGGAAGGCCGAGUUUGAUACCAUGAAGCGGUAUAUCGAGGAGCAGGUUGUUGGAUGA